AUGAUGGCCAGCAUCACGGAACAGCUUAUGCCCAUGAUCACUGCGCUCAUUCAGAAAGCUGUGCAGGAAGCCAUUGCAAAUGCAAUGGGAGGUGCCCCGGCAACCCCUCCCCGUGUUGUGCUGCAGGAGCCGGACCUGGAGCGAGGGCCCAAACGCCAUAAGCCUGACCCUAACCCCAGCAACAAGCGAAAAAACCAUGAGUCGAGCCGCCAUCCUUCGUCUCGUGCGCCGGGCGAGGGCAAAGCAGCUGGUGGCAGAGGUGGUCAGCCUGGUGCUGCAAAGGGCUCGGCCAAGGGUGCUGCUAAAGGCAGUGCAGAGGCGUCCCCACCCAAGUCUGGACCUAAGGGCAAAGGGCAGGGCGACCGGCCUCCUCGUGAUGCUGAGGGCUGGACCAAGGUUCAGCGUGCUCCCCCGCAGGGCCCCUUCCAGCUCCGAAGGCAGGAUUGGAGCGCGCAGUUGUUGUCGCAGGAUGGCAUUGCCAAAGCAUUGGACGAACUUAAACCGGGUUCUACUCUGGAAGCUGUCAUUCUUGUCGAGCCCUCGGCGCUGCCGAGAAUUCGCGCCAUGCUUGCAGGCACCAGCAAAUCCCAUAAAAUCACCCUUGUAACCUUGGACGCGAAUGGUCCUCACAAGGUCCCGGGAAGUGUGGGUGAUCUCCUACGUUUUCGACGAGCCUCGAUUACACAUUGCAAAUCUGACCCUGCUGAUGGUGGUGUCCCUUGCUUUGCGGGGCACAAGGCCAAGGCCAUUAAAGUUGUUCCUGCGUCCACUUCGGUCGUCUACUUUAAGGUGCCUGAGAUGUACAUGACGCCUGAUAAAUUCAAGCAUUGGAAGAACAACCCGAGUCGUGCUGCUUCUUCUUGGGCAAGCUCUCACCAAAUCACUUUGAGUGACACGUGGGGUUGGGUCGAGGAGCAGCAGGCUGGCAAGCAAGGACUGCAGUUGUUUGGCAUUGCUCGCCUCCUGGACUCCGAGUUGUCUUCUCUCGUUGCUGUCAGUGGCCGGGAUGGAGUUUUUGUUGAUGUGCCGCGCGGCAAGCUUGUCUCCACUGUGCAGUGGCUUGCUGUUACCAAGGGGGAAGCUCCGACUGCGUACCUUGAACGCGGCCUCCGUAUGAGUGCUGUCCCGCGUGUUUGGAAUUUCCCUCAUGUGCCGGCUAGCUGGGGACAGAAGGAAGUGCUGCAGGUGCUGGACCAAUCCUUCAAGGAUGUGGCUUUGAUUCAGCAUAAGCGCACUGGCGCUGAGUACUUGUAUCGCUUCAGAGCUACGCUUAAACACGGCGAUCUUGAUCUGGUUCCUUUGAGUGCUAUCGUCGAGAGCGAGCCGGGGAAGGACAAUGAAAUCACGCUGUGGGCCACGGUUGCACCCUAUAAGCCUAAGCAAGCUAAGCAGCGACCUCUGCGAUGUGCGCCGACUCCCUGUCUUGCCAAGGAGAAGCCUGCAUUGGAGCCCCAAUCCGUUAAAAUUCAGGUCCCCGCUGAACUGGAUGAUGACGGUAAGGAGGUGUCCCCUGCCAAACAUGUUGCGGCUUCGCAUCGGCAAAUCCCCUCGGGGUGUGAUCUCAUUGAGACUCCGAAAGACGGAGCCUGUUUGUUUCACGCCAUAGCGCGUGGCCUCCACUGGCUUUCGGGCCCUAAGAAAACCGAGCACUCCCACAGGGACUUGAGGGCGCGCUGUGUAGAGCACUUACGAAAAUAUGCCUCGCAAUAUAUAGGGGAAUGGGACGGCCACGGGCCGGCUCUACAAAAAUUGCGCGAAAAUGCCGCAUCUCCGGAGGACGCCUUUGAGGAAUACCUCAAGUUAAUUGCUUCGGAAUCUGCAUACGCCUCUACCAUCGAGCUGAAGGCUCUCGGACGUUUAUUUGAUUGCCACAUCCUUGUGAUCCCACGCGAUGGGAAUUUUAGUGCGAUGUCGUUUCAUGCGCAGCAGCGCAAAAGGAGGCUGGUGUUAUGGUACACACCUCGGCACAUCGAGCUUCUUUUGCCAGCUAAGGAUGCUAAAGACUACCCAGAGGAGGUUUUCUCCGUUACGAGUGGUGCUGUCGUUGACCUGCGGGCUGGAGGGGAUGAUGCUUCCCAGUGCUCUGGUAUUGUUUGGACUGCUUGCGCCCGAUCAAACCGAUCCAAGGCCAGCCGAUCAUCCUCUGUGAAGGCGGGCACUGUGUGGACUGCCACCAACGCGUCGAGCAGAAAGGCUUCCUGUGUUCGUGACCUCGCUGAUGGCGAGGAGGCGUACUGGAGAUGCAAACGGUGCCAGGCAGGCAUCUCGACUGCUGAUGCGGCCCGCUUUGGCAAGGACUCUCUGUGGCGCUUUCGCCGGGAGCAUAAAACACAGGCCCACCCGCGCGUCUCUUGGGCUGUGUGGAACAAGGAAGCGAAAUCACACUCGGCCACCAAAUGGGCCUCAAAGAUCAGUGUCACUCGCAACAAUGCCCAGAAGGCUAAGCUCCUGCCGGUGCUGCGCGAGCUGGAGGCUCAGGACUUUGCUGCCUUCGGGUGGCCGCGCCAGGCUGGGAAGGACACCAAUACUGUUGAUAAGUAUCCCUUGCGCAUAUGCCCGGCUUGGGUGUGCCGCAAAUGCCGAGCGCCGUGCCCCUCUGCAGAGAUCGCUAGGAAACAUCGGUCGGUCAAGGGACAGUGCCCUUCUCGCACUGCUAAGGCGAGGGCGUGGAUUCGGUUGCGCUCCCUUGCUGCCAAUAAGAAGCUUCAUGAUGCUGCUCCUGCCUCUGUUCGCAAAGAGCAAGGCGAGCUCGCCUUCGCUGCUGCUGAAAAGGUCAAUGUUCCUGAAACGGCUGGCAUCGGCUAUCGCAACCAGUGGAAAGCGCAUGGCCGGCAUGUUGCUCUGAGCGCUCCUGAGGAUCUCGGCAGCCGGGUUGCUUUGGUCAGCGAUUUUCCUUUUCGGCACGUCCAGCUGUGUAAGGGUCCUGCUUCCACCAGGCACGUGGCGGGACUCUUCAAUUUGCGAGCCCUCCCUGAGGAUGAUUCUUCGCUCCCUGCGAGCUCCCGGAGUGCCACUGAUGAAACCAUCCUGGUGGUGGCCUUUUAUGGCCAGGCCGGCAACGAGCCAGUUGCCCAGACACAAGUGGAUGAGGUUUUGGCGUGUGCGGUUACCUCGGGUUAUAGGUUUGUGGUUUUGGGCGACUACAACCUUGAGCCUUCCCAAGGCCGCUUAGGAUCGCUAAUUUCGCAAGGCACCGUGCUUGCUGGUGAUGAAUGUGCGCGUGGCCGGCCCCUUCCUGCCACGGGCCCGGUCAAUGCCCAAGGAGUGCGCUCUCGUCGCAUUGAUUUUGCUGUUAAUCAUCGUGACUUGCCUGCGGUUUCUGUGGAUCACUUUGCGUGCGAUUUUUCGGACCACUUGGGGGUACACUACUCGUAUGCCCUCGAUGCUCCUUGCCCCUUGGUUGGGCCCAAGCGAUGUAAACCUCGUGAUGAUCUCCAGUCUUCUGACUUGGAGUCCAGAUGUGCUCAAAUUGAUGCUGGCCCUUUUGCGAGCGCCUUGGAUCAGAAUGAUUUGGACGGGGCUUGGCGCUUCUUGUCGGACACCGCUGAGCUUCUGCUGUGUGAGCCGUGCUCUGCAGAGUGCGUUCCUCGUGCGUCUUCCUGGGAGCCUGUCGCCCACAGUGCCGCGGGACGGGCUGGCAAGCAGCUUGUGAAGUCGGAGAGCCUGCGCCUUUUGCUGCGACUCCGUGCGAGGCUUCAGGUUCUUUCCCACCGGACGAACGAUGCUUUGCUGGUGGCGCGUAUCAGGCGCUCACUCCGGUCCACGCGCUUGAAGGUGCCCAGCCUGCCUUAUGCCCGUGCUGGCGAUGAGCUCUCUCUUCUUCCACAUGUUGCACAGCUCAUUGAGACUUUCACGCAGCAGGAGGAGGAGGCAAGAAAGCAAAUGUGGCGCACCAGGACGCGUGCUGACCUGCCUCGUGCCCGGUCUUUUGUCAAGCGGCGCGCUGAUGAGCAACUUGCUUGGGAGCGUCAGCUUCCGGAUGUUGCCAGUCCGGGCGACCCUGCACAUCCGGCGGUCGCGGUUGCAGCUGUGGCGAAGGACCUGCGUGCGAAGCUCUGUCCCGCGUCCUUUCGGGCGGUUGACAUGCAAGCCAUGCGUGACCUGUUGAGGCCCUUGCCGCGCCCCGCUAGCUUGGAGGUUGUGCCUAACAUUAUGCCGGAGGCUCUCCGACGAUCAAUGCAGUCCAUGCGGCACCGUGCUGCCGGGCCGGAUGCGUGGAAACCUGGGCUGCUUUGUUCCAUGCCUGAUCUUUGGUGGUGGGCGCAGGCACGUGUGGUGAUGAUUAAGAAAAUCAAGGGGGGCUUCAGGCCGUUAACCGUCUCUCAAGCUGUCUGGCGUGCGGGAGCAAGGAUUUUGAAUGCCCAACUUUCCGACUGGAUAGGUUCUUGGAGGUCUCCGUCGGAUGCCGGUGGCAUCCCGGGCACGUCGGUGUCGGGUGCCCUGCUUCAGCUGAAUGCUGCAAUGCGCGGUGGCGCUAAUGUUGCGGUACAACAGGACAUUGCGGGGUUCUUUGAUGCCAUCCAGUUUGAAGCCCUUGAGGUCCUCCUUUCUCAUCUGAACGCGCCGCCUUUUCUUUGGCCACUGCUGAAGGCCUUUUACACGCGAGCUUCGCGCAUCGUCCAAUUUGAUGGUGCAUACAGUGAUGCCUGGUUUAAGCCCCGCUUGGGUAUAGCUCAGGGUUGUCCCUUAAGUCCCACCCUUGCUGCCGCAUUUAGCCACCUUUGGACCUUGGCUGUGUUGAGGCAAGGGGUUUCAGGCCUGGUCUACUUGGACGACCGUUCCUUCUGGACUUUCUCUGCGGAUCUUGGCGACCUGGAGCAUGCGAUUCGGCGCUCCGACCGAUUCGAUGCACUUUGUGCGAUCGUGGCGCCAGAGGGUCAUGUCGAGGCUCCUGCUCUGGCUGCCCGAUUAAACUAUCAGUUUUCGCAAACCCUUGAAGUUUUAGGUGUCACUGUUUCCUUUAAUGAUGAAUGGGGCUUGCUGAAAUUUUCCUUGAGAAAAGCUUUGCUGCGCAUGGACCUUUUGCGCUGGGUGACCGCUUGCAGUCGACUGCGGGCCCUCAUGCUGAAAUCGCUUGUUUACCCCUGUUUGGUGUGGGCCGCUGCCUACGCUACGCCGCUGGCAGGCGAGAUGAAGCAAGUUAGAGAUGCUGCGAUUCGAGUUUUUGACUGUCAAUUUUCCUUUGAAGCCCCGCGUGUCCUGAUCUUCGAACAUGUGGGGUGGAUGCUGGAGCCACAGUGUGCUGCUGACUCUGCUGUGCUCCGCGAGGCCUGGCGCCUCCUCUGCAAGCCUCCGGCCUUUGCUCUGGAGCAGCCGCGUGACGCCCGGGGCCAGCGCUGGGAUCAGCUGUUGCCUGCUGCGCCUGGCCUUCUUAGCAAAUUGGGGUGGAGCGUGGUUGAACGCCCUGACGGCUUCUUCUUCGCCUGCCGCGAUGACUUAGGGAUCUCUCGUGAGGUGCAGGUCGGAUGGGAGAGCUUCGCUGAGGUUAAGGGCUGGCUGUUUGACCACUACCGGCACCUUUACAUGCAGAGAUGCCAGGGCGUCUGGCGGAGCUUUCAUAGGCCGGACCCGAGCCUUGCACGCGGCCUGGAUCUUGCGCCUCCGUUGCGGGAUGCGCGCUUCAGCUUUCGUGGGCACCGUGUUGCCAUGCAUGAGGCGACCACCCCUUAUAUGAGACGGGCCGCUGCUGUCACGGGAGGCUCGUGCUGGUUCUUUACGGCCGGGCAGGGUUUGAACGAGCAGCACAGGCGCAUGCAGUGCCUCUGCGGCGCGACUGCUCCGUCGCGACCGCAUGUGACCUGGGUUUGCGAGUGCACCGAGGCGCUCCGGCAGGACCACCCCCCUCCGACGACGCGAGCGGAGGAACGCAUGUUUGCAAAGUCGACUCCCUUGAAACCUCCGGCGCCUGCCUCCUCUGACUGUGGGGCUUUUCGGGCGGACUUAGAUGCUGCUUUCCGUGCUGCACUCGGCUCGGGCAGGAGCAGGCUUUAUGCGGCUACUGAUGGCUCCAGCCAUCUAUCUGUCGGUGCUUAUGCGGUGGUGAUCGGUGAUCCGUCUUGUGUCUAUGCCAUGGGCACUGGGGCCGAGGAUCAAUCCCCGUAUCGGCAAGAAGUUCUGGCCCUCCACGCGGCCUUUGCUUCGGUCCACCGGGUGUGGAGUGAGGGCUGCGUGCCGUGCCUCUUUAUCUUGACCGACUGCAAAGCUGCCCUCACGGCCAUCUCGGGUCAAGGUGAUGAUCCAUUCACGUUGGGUCUCUUGCUGAGGGACGUGCGCCGUCUCUGGAAGGAGCUGGAGAGGCGGGGCUGUGCUAUCUCCUUGAUUUGGGUGCCGUCACAUAAUAAGCACCCCCGCUGGAGGCCUUCGCCGGAUCAUGAUGCGGAUGUGCUCCGCGCCUUUAACCAUGCUGCAGAUCAGGCGGCGGGCAACUGCAUGCAAAACAGGCUCUUGGGCUCUCUAAGGGAGCGAUGGCAUCAGCAGUGUGAUCAGGCUCGGGAUUGGGAGCUUGCCACCAUCCGGAUCGCGGCCGCUGCUGCCGAGAAGCUGGAUAAACAUGUGAAAAGCGGGCCAGGCCCUGACCAUUUUGGCUGCACCUGGAUGAUCUUGGACAACACAUCUUGGGCCUCUCAUUCCUUGAUUUGCCCUUGA